AUGUCUGCUCUUCAGUCCACGCCCUCCAAGCAGGCUGCAACUGCAACUGAUAACCUCAAGAUGACCGACUCUCCUGCAAAGAAGCUUGACUUCUCGUCAACAGACAAGGAGAACACAUUCAAGCCCAUCGUCGGCAUUCCAGAUGACUUUGAUGCGGACGAUGAGGAGGUGAAGCCAACCGUUGCUCCUACAAUCAAGCCCGAGGAAGCAGACGAGCCCCUCCUUCAAGAAAACCCUGGACGCUUUGUCCUCUUCCCAAUCAAGUACCACGAUGUCUGGCAGAUGUAUAAGAAAGCCGAAGCUUCCUUCUGGACCGCCGAAGAGAUUGAUCUUUCCAAGGAUCUGCACGACUGGAACAAGCGUCUCAACGACGACGAGCGUUUCUUUAUCUCACACGUACUCGCCUUCUUCGCCGCCUCUGAUGGUAUCGUUAACGAGAACCUUGUCGAGCGAUUCUCGAGCGAAGUACAAAUCCCCGAGGCGCGAUGCUUCUACGGCUUCCAGAUCAUGAUGGAGAACGUCCACUCCGAAACAUACUCUCUUCUUAUCGACACAUACAUCAGCGAUACCAGGCAGCGCAAGUACCUCUUCAAUGCCAUCGAAAACAUCCCAUGCAUCCGCAAGAAGGCCGACUGGGCUCUGCGAUGGAUCUCCGACAAAAACUCCACUUUCGCCAACCGUCUCGUUGCCUUUGCCGCUGUCGAGGGCAUCUUCUUCAGUGGUUCUUUUGCGUCCAUCUUCUGGCUCAAGAAGCGUGGUCUCAUGCCCGGCCUCACCUUUUCGAACGAGCUUAUCUCCCGUGACGAGGGCAUGCACACCGACUUUGCCUGCCUGCUCUUCUCCCUCCUCAACAACCGCCCCAGCAAUGAGGAAGUCCGUGCCAUCAUCACCGAAGCCGUCGAGAUUGAGCAAGAAUUCCUGAGCGACGCGCUGCCUUGCGCUCUGCUCGGCAUGAACGCUACCCUCAUGUGCCAGUACAUUGAGUUCGUCGCCGAUCGUCUGCUGUUGGCUCUCGGCAACACCAAGGUGUACAACGCCACCAACCCAUUCGACUUUAUGGAGAACAUUUCGCUUGCUGGCAAGACCAACUUCUUCGAGAAGCGUGUUGGUGACUACCAAAAGGCCGGUGUCAUGGCCAGCACAAAGAAGCAUGAGCAAAAGGACGGCACAUCAGGCCCUGCACCAGAGCCUCAAGGCCAGUCUGGUGACUUUUGCUUCGACGAGGACUUUUAAAUGCCUCGCGCAUUCUGUCCUUGCAUGUAUUUUCGAUCUUUCUUAUUGUAUACCACGUCGGACAUUUGGGGUUGGCUAGGUGCCGGGCACCUUGCGUCGGCAUAUUUGUCCCUUUUUGCAUUCUCGGGCCAUUGAUACACCUUUCACUUUGGCGCCACGGCGCAUUUGAUUUAUAUAGGCCUCUUAGAUGAGUGAUGCUGAGCAUGGAUGGAUCAACGACCUUGACUAGCUUGAAUACGAACACUUAAUAACUACGA